AUGAACCAUUCCGUCAAACGUAAGAAUACACCGCAAGAUGUUCUUGAGCGGAAAAAACGGCACGAUGCACCCCUCAUCAAGGAAUACCAAACUCUUACAGCACUGUGCUUUGAAAAUCGCCGCAACAAAAAACAAGACAACAAAGCGCUCCAGGUGACCACGGAUCUGCUGGACCUGAACCCUGACAAUUAUACCUUUUGGAAUAUCCGUCGCGAGAUUUUUUUAGAGAGUAUUUUCCCUGGGCUCGAAAAGACGCAGGAUACCAGUGAUUCCAAUAGUGUUGCAGCCGCAGCCGCAGCUGCCGCUAAACAAAAACUAUUACUUAAUGAGAUCCAUUUUGUGCUUUCCAAAAUGAAGGUUUACCCAAAAUCUUACUGGCUGUGGAACCACCGCAGUUGGUGCAUCAACCAGUUCCCAGAAGCCGACUGGAACCAGGAGCUUGGUCUUGUUGAUUACCUUCUUUCUAAGGAUCAGCGCAAUUUCCAUGGUUGGCAUUACCGCCGCAUCGUCAUUGAUAAGCUUAAUACGUUACAACAAUAUAAGCCAGCAGCGGAUGAUCCAGACAAGACGUUGGUGCAGCACGAGUUCCGGUUCACAACACUAAAAAUUAAUCAGGAUUUUUCCAAUUUUUCUGCAUGGUACAACCGUGCACUUCUCAUUCCCUCAUACCUUACCGAAAAAGUUGCUGAAGAAAAGGCUAGCGGAGAAAAAGAAGAAACUUUGCGGAUUGCCUUUUUAGAUGGCGAAAUUAAUUACGUGCAACAGGCGCUUUUUACUGACCCGGACUUGUCGUCUGCGUGGUUUUAUCACAAGUGGUUGUACAACAACCUGCAAAGAUCAAUUGUGCCAGGCCUAAGCACAGCCAAGUGUGCUGAGUACCUACAGAAGGAAAUUGAUAUUGUAGAAGAACUUGCUGCUGAAGAACCAGAAAACUCGUACUGUUUGCUUGCUCUUGUGUAUUUACGAGACCACAUGCGCAGCAAUGAGCAACAGGAGGGUGAAAGCAAACAAAAGGAAGAAGAUAGCAAACGGGUGGUGGAAGUUUACAAUGAGUUGCAAAAAAUUGAUCCGCUAAGACGCAACAUGUACGCGGAUUGGAAAGCUACGUAUUUGAAAGGUGCGCACUCCAAGGCAGAACAAGCGAAAUGA